CGACAAACGGCCAGAGGGAAGCUGCGGAUGAGCUGCGGCGGGGGGAAUGAGGAGAGGGCCAUUCUCCAGACCUCACCUUCCACCCAACCUUCCUUCUUCGCGCAGCAAAACACACUUUUUCGAUCGUCGCAAAAAGGCAGUGUAUUUUCUUCUUUUUUUUUCCGUCGGAAAUAGGCAAAGCCUCGAAGAUUCUAUACAUUGACAAAUCGACACACAAAGGGGAGGGCGGCUCGUAUGUUGCGCGCGAGGCGAAAGGGAGAGAAAGACUCCAAGGUGCGGUAGAUGGCGGGCCAACAGGGUCAGUAUCAUGAUCGCGGCUUCCGCGAGGCUGUGUUGGGGAGGUGUCAGGUCCAGAACUGUGUCGAUCGGUUUGGCGACGGAGCUAUCGAAGUAAUCCGGCAACGCGAGCGCGACCACGUCAACGGCAUCGAGAAUGACACCCUUGUGCAGGGCGUCCCGUCUGACCAGAUUGUAACGGGUGUCGAGGAUGAGGAUGCGGGCAGCUCACAACCAAUGUCCUUGGAGAGGAAGAUACCGAAGACGCCGUACUUUAGGAACAACCUGACAGCUCUAUCGCAGAGAUACAAUCUUUACUUCGCUGCGUAUGAAAACCGAAUCUUCGUCUAUCGCCCCAAGGGCAUCCCGAAACAGGCACUACCUCGAGAGCCGAACCUCAUUUUAGCCACGAAGCCUGACAAGAUCGCGCGACAUAUUGGAGGCACGCUGAAUUUACGCUUCCCCCAUCAGAUCAACCACAUCGCUGUCGGGUUUCUCGGGAGAGAGGAAAUCCUCGUUUCGGUCUACGACGAUGGGUCGGUUUUCGCGUACUACAUCCGGAAGAUUGCAAGGUUCAUUGAGCGCGUAGCGUCUGGUUGUCGAGAACCAAAUCCGUUGCCGACGUACUUCCUCCGCGAGAACGUGGGUAUUUCGGCAUGGGGCAUCGCGAUUCAUCAAAAGUCGCGGCUCAUCGCCAUUAGCUCCAACAAGCGGGAAGUGACCGUGUUCGCCUUUGGGCUCUCCCGCUUGCCCGAGGAUAUGGACUGCCAUGCGAGACAUUUGGAUCACUGCGAAAGAUCAGUUCUCAAGAGGAAACGAAAUUGGAGGAUUUGCAUACCCCUGGGUGAAGGGGGUCACAACAUCCCCAAUCUCUCUCUCUGGGAUGACCAUCAGGGCUACGCUGAGAAGGUUGUUGCGAAUGAUAUCUACGGAACGACCUGGAUCUUGGACAUUUGGAAGGCCGGAACGGCGCCGUUCAAGAUAUCGCACAGAGCUAACGUCCAGGGGCAAUGGGCUUUCCGUAAUCCAAUGGGCUGGGGCGUCAUUGUCCUUCCGUACGAGAGUUUUUUGCCUGCACGAUCAGUGACAGACCUUCUGGGCAUGGAGGAGUCAGACAUCAUGAACGCAAAAAACUCCCACGCUGGGCGAUGGAUCGAAACCCAACGGGGCCUCCCUCGCAUUCGCGAUCAUCCUGCGGAGCCGAUUGCUCAACGCAUGCCUGAACCGGAAGCGUUUGGUCAUCACCACGGAGCGGCAUGGUUCCAGCAUCAACAGCCAGGUUUCCUAGCUGCAAUACUGAAUAAUCAGCAGUUUCUCGGACUUCCGGCGCCUCCACCGCCGCCGCCCCCUCCCCCUCCUCCGGCACCAGACGACAAUGCCAAUAAUGCAGACGGUGGUAUUGUGCCUCCUGCGAAUGCCAUCGCGCCUCCAGGCGCCCCAGCGACACAGAAUGCGGUUCUGUUCACCCCGGAUCAUGAAGACGAUGACGAAGACGGAUGGAGCGAAGAGGAAGAAGAAAUUCCGGUCGCAGCAUGGGACGAUAUGUCUUCUGCUUUUGAUAGUGAAGACGAUGAAGUGGGUGGGCCCAACGGGCAGGAUGCGAACGAGAUUGUCUUCAUCGAGGAGGCGCUUUCUGCAACGGAAGAGAAUGUUGGGUCUGGUGAGGGCAUGACGCAGAUUGCGCCGCCUGAGAUGCUUUCAAGCUUCUUCAAAAACACGCCGAACUACGAUAUGAGCGAAUUCCAGUCUUCCUGGUUGGACAUGGUCUAUACGCCCCACGAUGGCAAAACGUACGUAGCCCCGACGACUGUCAUUGGACGCCUCCAGUAUCUUCGUCGACCCCUGGUAAAGAACCGAAACACAAAGGAGCAGGACAGGAACGCCCUCGAAGAAUUGGGCAGCCGGUGCUGCAUCUUGCGGACUUACGAAGAGGACAUUGAGAUGCGCAGCAUCAACCCGGAUGACGGCGCGGCGGUCUUCUGCAAGGACCCGAUCAGCUGGAUGUACCCCCCUCACCCCUUACUGCAGCAUUCCGAGCGGCUCAACAUGAUUCUUCACAUCCCGGAGCUGUCGCUGGUGGUGAUCGGAUCCGCCAUGGGCCGGGCGAUAUUGCUGACCCCGACGCGCUCGCGCUACCAUAUCCAGGGGAACGGGUAUGAGCUGAAGCAAGGGUUCCGGAUUGACCGGGUUCUGCCGACGCUUUCGGACGAAAAGGCAGGACGCCGGCCGCCUCGGGGGCUCUAUGGCAUCGCUGCUGGUCCGGUUCAGGAGGGCGGCGCGAGGGGGUGUUUACUGCGCGCCGAUGAUGCAGCUAUGCCGUCGCCUGCGUCGAGACGUUACAGGCUUAUGCUCCAUUAUCGGGAUCAUAGUAUUUUGAGUUACGAGAUUAGUCGGGAUGAUAAGAAUGAGCACGUUCUCAUCUUUUGAGAAGUCGUUAUUUUUCGCUUCUCAGGUGG